AUGGAGGUGAACAGGCGGCCCGACCUGCCCGACCUCCGGGUCGCCCGCUUCACGGUGCGCCGGCUGCCCCAAGUGCUGGCAAGCUUUGGGGGUGCAGAUAUGGAGGCCUCCUUCCGUCAGGCCUACCUUCACCUGGAUGAGUUGCUCCGACGCCCUUCAAGUGCUUCCGAACUCCGGGACCUUACGCUUCCAGGCAACGAGACGCAGGACAAUGCGGAGAACUGCGGCACCACGGCUGUAUGCUGCCUCAUCCAGGGUCAGGAGAUGAUCUUGGCCCAUGUGGGUGAUUCCCGUGCCGUGCUCUGCCAACAAGGGCGUGCAGUCAGACUGACUGAAGAUCACAAGCCGGAACUGGUUCGCGAGAGCGCUCGCAUCGAAGCGGCCGGAGGCUUCGUACAGGAGGGCGCGACGGCCAUGGGCAGCGGCAAAGAAUACCGCGUGAACGGGGGCUUGAACCUGUCCCGUGCCCUCGGCGAUCUUCGCUACAAGAGCGAUGUGAAGUUGAAGCCCUGGGAACAGCCACUGGGCGAAGACGGGUUGGCGAAUGGGCGAAAUAGAACUUGGCUGAUUUCCGCUGCCAUGUUUCGAUUCGGAGUCGUCAGUGCCCUUGCCACCGCGGUGACAGCUGAUUCGGUACUGGAUGGGGCUUUGGCGUGGAUCAAAGCCAACGGCGAGGAGGUCUUGGACACCACCCAGCACUGUGUUGCAGCGGCCAAGAUUGCCUCUGGACUGCAUUCCAAGUGUGGCCAGGUCUUCAAUCCAGAAGGCUGGGCUGCCUUUGCCGCUUGGGGUCUGCUGGAGUCUCUGGAGUAUGUGGAUUACCCGCUGGCGUCGCAGUUGAAGAACUCCAGCUUCAUUGAAUCCGCCAAGGAGCAGACCAUCAAGGCUGGGAGAGGCUGGUCGACCAUGGCACUUUUUUUAUCACUCCGAAUCUGCUUGGAUCCAUCAUUUGGGUCAGUCUGA